UUGCUUUUGGCAUCCAUGAUGCUGUGGCAGAGUAAGAAACUGAGGCUUCUUGAGGAGCUUGAAGACACUUGGCUCCCAUAUCUGACCCCUAAAGAUGAUGAAUUCUAUCAGCAGUGGCAGCUGAAAUAUCCUAAACUAAUUCUCCGGGAAGCUGGCAGUGUGUCCGAGGAGCUCCAUAAGGAAGUCCAGGAAGCCUUUCUCACAUUGCACAAGCAUGGCUGCUUAUUUCGGGACCUGGUUAGGAUCCAAGGCAAAGAUUUGCUCACUCCAGUAUCUCGCAUCCUCAUUGGUAAUCCAGGCUGCACCUACAAGUACCUGAACACCAGACUGUUUACUGUACCUUGGCCCGUGAAAGGUUCUACUAUAAACUACACUGAAGCUGAAAUAGGUGCUGCUUGUCAAACCUUUCUCAAGCUCAAUGACUACCUACAGAUAGAAACCAUCCAGGCUUUGGAGGAACUGGCUGUCAGAGAGAAGGAGAAUGAGGACGCUGUGCCAGUGUGCAUGGCAGAAUUCCCCAGGGUUGGCAUGGGGUCAUCCUAUGAUGGACAAGAUGAAGUGGACAUGAAGAGCAGAGCCGCAUACAAUGUAACUUUACUGAAUUUCAUGGAUCCUCAGAAAAUGCCAUACCUGAAGGAGGAGCCUUACUUUGGCAUGGGGAAGAUGGCAGUGAGCUGGCAUCAUGAUGAAAAUUUGGUGGACAGGUCAGCGGUGGCAGUGUACAAUUAUAGCUGUGAAGGUCCUGAUGAUGAAAGUGAUGAUGAUUCUAAUCUCGAAGGCAGAGAUCCUGACAUUUGGCAUGUUGGCUUCAAGAUCUCGUGGGACAUAGAGACGCCUGGCUUAGCCAUACCCCUUCACCAAGGAGACUGCUACUUUAUGCUUGAUGAUCUCAAUGCCACCCACCAACACUGUGUUUUGGCUGGUUCACAACCUCGGUUUAGUUCCACCCACCGAGUGGCAGAGUGCUCAAUGGGAACCUUGGACUACAUCUUACAACGCUGCCAGUUGGCUCUGCAGAACGUCCGUGAUGAUGUGGAUGGCACUGCUGUCACUUUGAAGUCGUUCGAGCCUGCAGUUUUGAAACAAGGAGAAGAAAUUCACAAUGAGGUCGAGUUUGAGUGGCUGAGGCAGUACUGGUUUCAAGGCAACCGAUACAAAAAGUGCACUGAUUGGUGGUGUGAACCCAUGACUCAACUGGAGGGACUGUGGAAGAAGAUGGAAGAUGUGACAAAUGCUGUGCUUCAUGAGGUUAAAAGAGAGGGGCUCCCCGUGGAACAAAGGAAUGAGAUCCUGACUGCCAUCCUUGCCCCACUCACCACCCGUCAGAACCUGCGGAGGGAAUGGCAUGCCAGGUGCCAGUGCCGAAUCGCUCGAACUUUGCCCGUGGAUCAGAAGCCAGACUGCCGGCCCUAUUGGGAAAAGGACGACCCUUCCAUGCCCCUGCCGUUCGACCUCACAGAGCUCGUCUCGGAGCUCAGAGGUCUGCUUCUGGAAGCAAAGCCUUAGAAGGAGCGCCAGGCUGCAGGAAGCGAGAGCUCCGCGGCUCUUCUCCUCCCACCUGGUUGUGCAUGGGCUUGGGCAACAGCAGUGUAGCCAUCUCUUGACCUCGACCCCUGGAUGCUAGAACCUGGAUCCUAGUUUGAAACAGCUAGGGAAUGGAGCCCACAAAUGUUAAAUCGGUUCAAGAUGAUGCCGUGUGAUUUGGUAUUACAAACGAGAACCUACCCCCAAAAUACUAUUUCCCAUUUUUUUUUUUGUCUUUAAUGGGAAUUAUGCAGCCCCCAGGGGCCAUGGAGGCAGCUGCAAUGAGGGCCAGCUGUGAGAAAGCCAAACCUCCUUUCCUCCUGCCUAAGGCUUUCCCAGAGGCUCCAGAAGGGACCCAGGCAUCUGGGGGCAGACAGACAGAUGUCCAUCCCGAUCUCUCACCACACCCUCCAGAGCAGGUGAGGGGAGCGUCCUGCCUGCGGGCUAAGACCCACGAAAUCUUUUGGCCUGGCUCUGCCUGGCAAGGCAACUGCAGGCAGGACUCGAAAUUCCGCUAAGUCCAUAGCAGGCUAAUUUUUAAGGGGAUAACUUUGUAUGGUCCGCAGAUGACGUCAUAAUUAUCCAAAUGACCCUUGGCAGAAAAAAUUUAAAAAUCCCCAGUGCUGAUCAGCUGUGCUGUCCACGGUGGGAGCCACUAGGUAGCUGUGGCUGCUUCCACUGAAAUGCAUUUUUAGUUAAAAAUUCAGUUCCUCUGUUGUCCUAGCCACACAUUAAGUGCUUACUCUCUACACAUGGCCAGCGACCACCUUAUUGGACAACACAGAUACCAAGCGUUUUAAUCCUGGACAGUGCUUCUGCAGGAAGGCUGAGAGCAAGAAUUCUCUUUUCCACUUCUCCGUGCCUCCAUCCCCACAGGAGGAAGAAAUUCACAGAGAAAUGGCCCAUUGAAGGGUAACCUCUUUCCCUUCUCUGAAGACGAAGCUGAGCAACAGCCAGAGAGUUCUGAGUCAGGCGCUCUGCACACAGGAAUGGGGAAGUGUUAGCAAUUCAAAUAAAUAAAAAAUUAAAAGAAAUGUCCCUAUCCUAAUACAAGAGGCACCACCCUACCUCCAUGGCACCGUGGAUUUGGACAGCAGCACACAGGUUUGCUUCUGUAAUUCCCCCCGGCUUGUAUUUACUAACGGGGAGAAGCAACUAGGCUUGAGGGACCGUGGUGCCCUACACUGAUGACCCUGGAGCGUCCCAGAGACAGUGCAGAGGAGAACCUAAAACCCAGGCUCUGGCUUCAGCGGGCCUGAGUUAAGACUCCCACCAGCUCUGUGACCUUUGGCACGUUAUCAGGCCUCAGUGGCCUCCUCUGUGCAAGGGGAACACUAAACACACCAGCUCCCAAAGUGUACAGGAAGUGUGGCAGUCCAGCUACAGGCUUGGAGCAAUUCCUGGCACACCGUGGAUUUUAUUACUCUACACAGCUGCUGAUGUGUUCCUGGCCCUUCCUCCAUCCCAGUGCCACUCACGCAUCCCUCCUCUGCGACCUGACUCCCACCUGUACGUGUCCCCAGGAAUCAUGAGUGAGCCCCACCCCGCCUUCCAUUGCGCAUGCUCACAGUAGGGUCGCAGCCCAGGCGCUGGGAGAGGUGCUCGCAGAAAAGGACUGGAUCCUUUCCCGUGGAGUGAACAGCCACGGGAAAGCGAUGGUCCAUGGCGCGGAGACCCCGGGCUCUCAGACCUGAAACUACCCCCCCCCCCCAGGGCUCCUGGUCAAAGAGAAGUGAAAAGCGCCACCCUGCAGGGUUGUUGUAGAGAUGGAAAUGGAAGGAGGGUGUGGCACGCCAUGACGUCACAGACCCGGCACCCUCGGACCCUGUGGCUCACAGUUUUGAGUCCCCUGUGUUUCCUUUGGUGCCACUCUUUUAAAAGAUUGGGAAAUUUUUACACGAAAUAAACAUGUCUGCAUUCUCUGUAGCCUGGGCCCCAUCCCAGCAUGGCAACCAGCGGUAAUGUCUCCCCACUCCGAGGCGGGUGGGCCCCUAUUAUCAUUUUAUCAUCGACCUGACCCUCCAAGCCUGUGUGCUUGCACCCCCGUAGUAGAAAUAAAGUAGGCAUAGUGCUCACCCCCAUUUACGUGUAUUACCCUUGAACUAUAUUCGUAGACUGCUUGUUCUAAUCUCUCAUGUGCAUUAUAAAACAUUUAUAUACAAUAAAGAUGUUAAAAGAA